AAAUUUUGUAUUUAGUAUUGAAAAUGAACUAAAACUGUAAGGAAUGACUACCGAAACAGAUACUAAACUCAACACUUCUACAGCAUCUCUGAUGCAAUUAAAUGACGAUGUUUUGGCCUUGAUAGUGCGAUAUUUGAAUGUCUAUCAACAAUUUCAGUUGGCCCAGUUGCACAUUCGCCUGUCAAGCAUUGUCCAAAUGCUCUGGAGAACUCGCAUACGGAAUGUCGUCUUGGAGGAUGAAAUGUUUCGACGAUCUGCAACAUCGUCUAAAGAGUUUUUGGCAUUCAUUUUGGCUCUAGGACCAUUUAUGCAAGGAUUAAGCUGCCAUGGCAUGGAUGUAAGGCGUUUACGUCAUCUGAGUAGUCAUACUCUAGGUGGUAUAACAAGUUUCGAAUGGAUGGCAGAGACUCAACGACGUGGACGAGUUCGUUUUGUGGAUGAAGAUGUUCGAUUAUUGCGUCGUGUAUUUCCCUCGUUGAGGAAACUGAAACUACGAGGAUGUCAGAUUACGGGCAAAUAUCUAUGUGAUUUGGAGCUACUCAAGGAACUCUCUUUGGAUGAUUGCCAAUUUUUGGAAUCACAAUAUUUUCCAGAUAUAUUUCGGCAAUUACAAUUACGUAAAUUUGAUAUUAUGGAAGACUGUGAUGAGGUCAAUUGCUGUGAUUUGGUCGAUUUACAAUUGUGUCCCACUCUCGAGCACAUCAAGAUUGCCGACUAUCAUCUAUGCAUGGAAUCUGAUAUUACCCAACAGUUGCUACAAUUGCCCAGGCUGCAUAAAUUAUCCAUAUACUCGAGGAACUUUGUAUUCGAUGUCUUAUCGCGCAUAGCGCGUCCCAAUAAUCUACCACCGGGUGGCGAGUUAAGGGGCAUCAUAGGAGGUCGUCAGCAACAAAUUGAGGGAUUCCGUUUCAGUGGUUUACUCCAUGACUAUGGACGCUUCUUUCGCGAGUUAAGUAAUCUACGUCAGCUUCAAAGAUUAGAGCUACAUGGUCUAUUGGAGGAGGGACAAGAUCAAUUGCAAUGUCUUGAAGAUCAAGCCCUGCUGCAUCUAUCCACUAAGCUGCCAGCCUUAACUGAACUGCAUUUAUGUGGCUAUCAACUGGAGAGUCCAGCGGGCAUACUCGAAUUCAUCAUCCAUUGUCGUCAAUUGAAAAUUGUGAAUUUUACACGUUCCAAAUGUCUGGGCGAUGCCUUGGUGUGGCGUUCCUUGGGCAUAUUAACCAAACAGAAAUGGCGUCAUGAGCCCAUACGAUUGUGGAUCGGGGAAAGUGAUAUUAAUCCUGAAAUAAUUCACUCAUCGCGCUAUUUGGAUAAUGAACGUCUGCUGAGGAUCGAAACGAAGCGACUAAGCCACCAUGAGGACUAUAUGAAUGGUGUUCUAAAGUUUUGCUUUGUCAGAUGAUCAAGGGUGCGUGUGUGUGUGUGUGUGUGUGUCUAUGUGCCUGAGCCAUAAAUCAAUUUGUGGACAAUACAAAUACAGAUAACGAAUCAAUAGAUUAAAGACUUGAACUCUUUACCAUUGUACUUGAAAUACCCUGUGUGGGUAAUAGAAAGUUUUAAACUGAGAUUACAACAAUAAAAGAAAUUGAUAAGCAGCAAUCCAAUCAA